AUGGAUGCUUUCAGGUUACUGACUCGGUCGACAAAGUUCAGCAAGUCGGCUGCUGCACCGGCAGAGUCCUCCCGACUGCCUUCAACUGGGAAAGCAGCGAACCCGCAGCUCUUCCGUACCGCAGAAGGUGAAAAGCUCGAGUCCGCACAAAAUGGAAAGAAGAGGAAGCGCGCAGCUCGCGCAGUCGAUGAGAAGACCGAAGAGGAUACUGCGGAUCUGGAUUUCUUCCACUCCAACAAGCGCUCAGCAGCACCUGCGACCGAGACAACAGGACACACCAAGGGCGACCGGGGCCAACCGAUAGCUCAAGACGAGUCCGAUGAGGAAGAUGCCAUGGAUGAAGUGCAGCGUCGCACUAUUCUGAACUCGCACAAAAUCAAAGUGACCGAUCUUCGCGAUUUGGACGAAAUCCAACUCCAACCUACGCCUGCCCCCGAGGACUCGAAGAAGAAAAAGAAGAAGUCUAAGAAGGAAGUGCCGGAGCCGGAGCCACAACCUCUCAGCAAGAAAGAGCAGAAGCGCGCUCGAAGGAUGUAUCCUCAGCCACUGGUUUCUUUUAAGGAACUUCGCUCAAGAUAUAAGAUCUCGAGCCGUUUGGCGGAGAACAUUGCUGAGCAAGGGUUUACGGUACCUACGGAGGUGCAGCUGGGCAGUCUUCCUCUGCUGCUGGGCGAUUCUUCGGUGUCUACUGCAGGCCAGGUGUCAGAGCCGGAUCUGUUGGUUGUAGCACCGACUGGUAGCGGUAAGACGCUUUCUUUUAUGAUUCCUGUGAUCAAUAAGAUUGUUCGACACCACCACUCCUCGCAAUCGGACGAGCAUGGUAUUCUGUCGCUCGUUGUGGCUCCUACCAAAGAACUUGCCAGUCAAAUUGUCAAUGAGGGACGGAAGUUGGUUGCAGGCACUGGCGUGAAAAUUACCUUGAUGAGAAAGGGCAUGCGAGUUGUUGAGCAAGAGGAUGAGGGAGAAUCCAACGCCCUUGACGAGGACAGUGAGGAGUCUGGGUCAGAAGCCGAGAAUGAAGAGGAGGAUAAACCCAAGAAACAGCGCAACAACGCCCCUGUCACCAAGAGCGACAUCUUGGUCACUACGCCCUUGAUGUUAGUGAACUCCUUGUCCGCGAAUCAAACAACAAGCAUCGCCCGUCUCCCCUUGGUGCGAAGCCUGGUGCUAGAUGAGGCAGAUGUACUCUUGGAUCCUUUAUUCCGUGAACAGACACUGGAUAUUUGGCGUUCAUGUGUACACCCAGACCUGCGCGUUAGCUUGUGGUCUGCUACCAUGGGCUCUAAUGUUGAGGACCUCACUCAGUCGACAAUUAAAGAGCGCUUAGAGAGCAUUGGUCACCCCUCGACCACAUCUCAUCCUCUUGUGCGUCUUGUUGUUGGAUUGAAAGAUUCAGCUGUCCCCAAUAUCGAUCACCGACUAGUCUACGCAGCAACUGAGCAGGGUAAAUUGCUUGGACUCCGACAACUUCUUCGCCCUGCAGCAGCCUCAGCUUCGGAUGUCCGCCUCCGUCCCCCAUUCCUCAUCUUCACUCAAACCAUCCCCCGUGCGAUUGCCCUGCAUUCCGAAUUGAAAUAUGAUAUUCCAGCUGAGGCUGGCGGUUCUUCACGCAUUGCCGUGCUACACUCAGAUCUCUCGGAUAGCCAACGAUCCGAUAUUAUGCGUGAUUUCCGCAAGGGAGAGAUCUGGAUUCUCGUCACUACCGAUCUGCUCGCGCGUGGUGUUGACUUCCGUGGUAUCAACGGUGUUGUCAACUACGAUAUCCCCAACUCUGCCGCUGUCUACGUUCAUCGCGUCGGUCGAACUGGUCGUGCUGGUCGCGAGGGUGGUAUUGCGGUGACUUAUUAUACCAAGGAGGAUAUUCCUUACGUUAAGAGCAUUGCCAACGUCAUCGAUGUCAGUGAAAAACUUCGUGGUGCUGAGGGUGAAAAGUCGAUUCAGAAGUGGCUUCUGGAUUCUUUGCCAGAUCUCAGCAAGAAGGAUAAGCAAGAGCUUAAAAAGCAUGGUGUUAAAGCACGCCAGAUGUCCAAGCAAGUUGGUGGCAAGGACAAGAAUGCUGGUCAAGAUGGCAAGUCUUCUCGUGAGACAAGAAUCAGUACUAAGAGUGGCUUUGAGCGACGGAUGGAGAACCGCAAGAGAGGUGCUAUUGAGGCCAGUCGCAACAGAAAAGCGACAGCCAACACUGAUGGAAAUGAGAGCGCAGGAAGCUGGGAUGGUCUGGAGGAUUAA